AAAAGUCUAAAUUGUAUAAAUAAUGCAGCAAGGCAUUGAUUUGGCAAUUUCUCUCCAAAAUUGUAAUUAAGAACCAUUUUCUUGUACAGUUUGCUCUUAUAUUCAUCAAAGUCAUCGUUCCAAGGAAGUUGUAACAAACCAAGAAUAAAAAUGACAUCGUCGCAAGAAGUUGAAAAAGAAAUCAAUACGGAUGAUAGUAGCGCUGACGGUCAAUUAGAUCUUGAAUUUCCAGAAACAGAUGUGACCUUGCUUGUGGAAGGUCGAAAAAUUCACGUCAGUAAGGCUGUCCUUUCUCAACAUUCACCCGUGUUUAAAGCCAUGUUUUCUGGUAACUUUAAGGAAAGUAAGCAAAAAGAGGUACCGCUUCACGACAAAAAGUUCCAAGAUGUUGUAGAAUUUCUUCGAAGUUUUUAUCCAAACAUGAAACAUAAACUCACAGAGCACAAUGUUCUACAAGUACUACCUUUGGCACAUGAGUACCAGUCAUCUCUUGUUGAUGAUUGUGAAGAGUUCAUGGUAGACAUGUGUAAACCAGGAACGAAUCUGACCGUGACAACACUACUGGAUUACAUCAUAGCAGCCGAAAAAUAUGACUUACAUACGUUAAUGGAUGUUGCGAUGACGUUUUGUGCCCAUGUAGACUAUUAUCUUCUAAACGGAAACAUAAUUACAAGAGAUUAUGAUGCCGUAAGGAGAAAAUACCUUUACAAACAAACGACUGAUACAAGUAUUUCUACGAAAUUCAAGAAUAUAGGACUUGAACAUCGGCAUAAAAUUGCAGAACUAAGAGUUAAGUUUCUGGAGAUGUAUAAAAGAAAACGAAGCAGUGGGGAUCCAAUUACUGAAGAUUACAGUCUUAUGUUGUCAGAAAAAUCCGAUCAGGAAUAAUUGAGUUUUCUGCAUAAUACUUCUAACAUGUUUAAAAAUUGGUUUACCACGUAUUAAUGUCGGUAUCAAAACGAUAAACCGGGCUUUCUGACAAACACUUUUUAAUGUUGUUUCAGGUAAUUUCAAUAUGCAAUAUAAAUUUGAAUUUAACUUCGAAAAUGGGAGAUCUCUUUAAGUUUGCAAUAUAUGAUAGCUCUUUUUAAUUAGCACAUAGAGUGCCUUCAUGUUAAUGUGUUGAUUUGUUUUGAAAACAUUUUUACAAAAUCACUUUAAAAAUUUAAUGUUUUUCUGAUAAUUUCAUAAAUAUUCAU